CAAGACCAGGAACCUCCCAUGUCGACCUCACAAAUCGAAUCAUCGCGGCAGCCAGUCCCAUAGCGUGCCCAAGGAUACACCAUGUAUGGAUAAUAUGCGACAUGCCACGAUGGGUUGGCUAUCAUGUCAAUCGUACGAACUCUCCUUCUGCAACUCUGCCACCACUCGCUCCCCUGAUGCCAUGAUUCGUGAUGGCACAAAUUUCUCUUCCAACCGCACCUCAAACUUCUCGCGGUCGAGCUAUUGCGAAAACGAGGGAGAAGGAUAUCCCGCAGUUGGCGCAGCCCUCUGGCUUUGCAUGAACCUCGAUAAUCGGCGCGACCGAUCUUUACCAACCUGCCGGCACGACACAAUAACGCAAUAAAGAUCGCUAUGGUUGGACCUUCCGAAAAUGCAGGACCUUUGCUCAUGGGAUUGUCCUGGACAGAAGCCACGAUUGCCACGAUUGUCGUCGGACUUCGAGCGUACUGCGCAUUGAGAGUUGUGCGAAAAGCGGAGUGGGACUUGAUAUGGGCUCUUCCGGCAUGGCUCUGCAAUUUCACCUCCCAAACCAUCCUCACCAUCAGCGUGGCGGCGUACGGCUACGGAAAACAUCUAGCGGAUAUCUCGGAAAGCAAUCACAUCGAUGCCUCACGCUUGGUCUGGCUCGGGCAGAUAUCCAGUGCCAUUGGUGCAGUACUCGCGCGGACCGCCAUUGUUGCCUUGAUGCUACGGGUCCAAGGCGAGAUCCUGCCAAGGACCAAAUGGCUACUACACGCGGUAUGCUUUGUGAACAUUGCCCUCGGAGCCAUACAGACUGCCAUGAUCGUCAAGAUCUGUCCGGUAGACACACCCCUUGUAGGCGGAUGCGACUAUGGGUUGAUUCCAUCAGCCGUGAUCAUUGGCUAUACACAAGCCGGCUGGGCCAUUGGCAGUGAUCUCUUCCUCGCAACAUACGCUGUUGUGGUGUUCCGAAAGAUGAGGAUAUCAGCACGCCGCAAGCUGGCCAUGUCGUUCAUGAUGGGAGGAGGAUACCUUGCCGCGAUCGCGGCCACCAUGAGGAUGAUCUAUUUGCGCAGGCUCCAAGACAGCGAUGAUCCGGUUUUCAACGGAUACCCGCUGAUCCUCUGGACGUACACGGAGGAGUGGCUGAUCCUGAUCCUGGGCAGUCUGCCACGACUAUAUUCGUUCUACUUGAUUUUGAGGCUCAAGGUCAGGACGCGGCAAGGCUCCUCCGGAAGCAAUCUCAUGCGGUCACCUCCCAAUCGAGCGGAUCUGGAGAAGCAGGAUAAGCAAGAGAAGACUGAAACCAGCGAAUACAAGGUAUCAUGGCCCGAUCCUGUUACUGUGAAUGACGUGGGAGUGCUGCCGCCGUGCGUCAGCACCGUCAAAUCCGUUCAGUCAUGUCCACAGCAGAUCGUCGUUGGACCGGCAGUAAACCGCACUCCGUUCGCUGGGGUGGGAAUCUUACCGUCCGUGUACGACUCUGAUGACAAUGAGCAAGUGAUGAGUGAAGAGUAUACCGAGAACGAGCGACAGCAAACAGCACGUUCCUUUGAGCCGAUCUGA